AUGUGGAAUGUAUUUAAUUUCAAUAAUUUUGACGACAAACUGAAGAACAACAAAAAUGAGAAAGAAGUUUAUACGCACGAGGACUUGAGGUACUACUUUGAAAAACUGGUGAAGAUAAACCUAAACAACGUUAACAUAAACAACUUCAUCGAGCUCCUGCGGAAAAUCACGCAGAUAACAAUUUGGGGUGACAAAUAUGAUGAUCAGAUUUUCCAGUACUUCUGCGAAGACAACAUCUUCAACCACUUCAUAUACCUGUUGAGGCAAAACAUUAACAAGAGCAUAAGGAUUCAAAUUUACCAGUCCCUCACGCUACUGAUACAGAACCUGCAAAAGGACAUUUCUCUGUAUUACAUCUUCAGCAACAACAAAAUCAACAACCUAAUUUACACGACGUUCAUUUAUCAAGAUGAUGAGAUUAUGCCCUACUACAUUUCCAUGAUAAAAUCCAUUUCGUUUUUCCUGAACUAUCACACAUCCAAGUUCUUCUUUAAUGAGAAGAGUAUGAAAUUCCCCCUGUACACGGAGUCGCUGAGGCUGUACAAGUUUAACGACAUCAUCACGAGAACCUACGUUAAAAAUAUUAUACUGAAUAUUUUGAAGAUCGAAGAUGAAGGAAUUGAAAACCUUAUCCUCCUUCGAUCAGCUUUCUUCACCAUCCUCGUUUGCUACCUCCGCAAUCAUAUCAUAAGGAUGAACAAAAUUUAUACAAAAAUAAAGGAGUCUGAAAAAUUAAAAAAAAUAUUUAACACAUAUCUGGAGGAAGUGGACGAUGUCUUAUACUUUUUUGAAGACAUGUUGAACUGCCAGAAGAAAAGAAUAAAUGAUAUGCUCAUAGUGAAAUUGUUGAUUUAUUUUUUUUUUCCUAUGAUUGGUUCUUUCCAUAGCUCCAUAUACUUCGACUGUGUAGGGGGGUAUGGCGAGGGGGGCAUCUACGAGGAAGGCGCAGAUAGUAUCAGGAGGAAUGAUCCUGAGAAUGACCGUGCCUAUGGGGAUAACUCCCAAAGGAGAGACAUCGAAGGGGGAGAUAAAAGGGAAGAAGCGCUCUUCCUCCAGGAAGGACAAGUGACCAAUUCCUCCACUAAUCCUGCCAACUGUGGCAGUAUCGAUUAUGUGUACUUCUCCAAUCAGAAGAAGGACGAGGAGAAAGCUUCUUCAGUUGAGGGGGAGGAGAUAGGGAGGGAUGUUCCCGCAGAUAGUGAGGUGAAUGGGGAAGUCGCCACAGAUGAUCAUUCGAAAAUUGAAAUGGAGGAGGGGGUGGUGGUGGCCGAGGAGGACCGCUCCGGGGAAAACAAACCCUGUGACGCUGAGGAGGUUGAGCAGGGAGAGAAGGUGAACCAAAGCGACCCCCCACAGGAAGUGAUAGAGAACAUAAAGGGUAAUAAUCAUGUGCCAUUUAUAAAGAUAUUCGAUAGAAAUUUAAGUAACGUAAAGAAUUUUCACUUUUGCAAAAGUUUGUCUUCCUCGAAUGCGUCCUCGGUGAAUUCGAAUUUGAGUAACGUCGAAAUGGAGAAGGCGGUUAAGGUAGAGCCGCAAUCGCAAGGAGGUUCGGAACCGCAGAAAGAAACGCCAAUCGAGGCGGAGGGAUCAAUCCUGGCAGAAGGGCCAACCCAGGAGAAAUCAAUUAGCAGCGCGAAGAAAAGCGGGAAGAAGGGAGACAACACAUACGAGUUCCUAUACUUCAGAGGGAGAAAAAGUUCCAAUAAGGAAAAAGCGGCGGAAAAUAACCCCCCCCAGGGAGUGAAGGAAGGGAAAGAAGUGGAGAGUGAGGAGCAUGCACAGGGAGAAGUUCAAAAGGAUGGUUUGAAAAGGGACGAGCAAUUCAUCAACGAGAAUGAAUUGAAAGAUAGCUACUUCAGAAAACGGAAGAAGAAGAAAAUUUUCAUACAGAUGACCUCGACGAAUGGGGUUCUUCAUAAGAAAAGGCGGGGCAAGUCGGUGAAUGGGAAUGGUAGUGGUGUCUGUCCCGGCGUAGAGGACGAACUAGGCGAGGCGCAACAAUUGAUGGAGGGCGGUGUCUUCUGGGAGCAAGUGCAAAAGCACAACCUGACCCACCUGUGCCACUUGGAGAUCCCAACGCUACAGAAAAAAAUUACCUUCGACGAUAACGUUAGCAGCGACCUGUACAACUACCUCUUCAAUUUCAACAACUUCACAACCAAGGUACUCAAGCACUAUCAGAACAAAAUGAGCAUUACAAAUGUAUAUUACAAUAUUUUCAAAUUAAGUCUCCUUCUACACCCCCUAUGUUACGUCAACUCUUUUAAAAAUUUUUCUAUCCUAUACAACUACUUAAUCAACACCACCUUGUCUCUCUUCAUACUGAUACGAUCACUGAAUAUUUUGAAGAACGACAGGUUAAAUCAAAUUGUCUACUCUCUCAUUUUUGGGGAAUAUAUCAAUGUCCAUUUUUUGCAUCGAAUUUUAUGCAAUGACCUCAACGACCCCUACUUCUACAACUACUUCUUUGAUACCAAUAAGAAGAUGAACAUUAGUGAAAAUCCUACUGACGACGUGGAGUUUGAAAAUGUGUAUUGCUCUUCUAUUGAUUAUUUACUCCCUGAGUAUAACAAGGAGGAGGAGAUGGUUACCCUGGAUUUGGUAAAAGGCUAUUACAUAGGGGAGGGGACAACCUCCCAGGAAGGGUCAAUUGGUUGUAUUCCCGGUGGACAAGGUGAAGAUAAUACCCACGCGGUGAAAGCACCCAGUCCAACCGCCACCACAACAACAGCAACAGUUGUAACACCUGAGGUUAUGAGGAAGUACGACGAACUGAGCAACCCCAUACUAUUAAACUUCCUCCUCCUGAUGAAUGUACAGAAGGAAAAAAAUAUAAAAAAAUGUGAAAAGGAUAAUAUGAAGAAUAAAAUAUCAGAUGUGUACCUGCUCCUAAGCAUCCAGUUCGCUUCGAAUUUUGUGAAAUCCUACAAUGGAAAAAUGAGCGACAUAGGUAUCCCCUUUUUUCAGAUUUCUCACCACAACUUUGUAUAUGUUUUCUGGAGCAUCAUUAAUGUACAUAUAAAUAAUUUGUACCUUCGAAUUAUAACGCUGAAGCUACUGAUAAAUUUGACAAUGAUAUACAUUGAGAUGAUAGAGGACAAGCGUGUGUGUGUGGACUUCGCGGCACCCCUGCUGGGGCUAAUUCAAAAGAUCAAGAAAAAGCUAGCCCAAAAAAUCAAAAGCAUCAUUGGGAAGAUGGAGUACAAAGUGUGCCAGAUUUUUUGGGAGGAAAGCAAAAUAUACGAGAACUGCUUUCAGGAGAAGAUUAACAUUUGCCGGGACUCUGUCCUCAUAAACAUCGUGAAUGAUGUUGAUGAGUCAGGCGACAACAACUUCCUGUGCUACCCCGUUUCGCAGAUUGAAAUAUAUCGGAGAAAUGUACAUGUCCUAUUCGCCCUAGACGGAGUGUCUAAAAAAUUGCAGAAACUUCUUUCCUUCAAGAGAAGUGAGCAGGAGCAUACCAUUCCAUUCGACUUUAACUACAACGACAUGUCUGCUCUGAUUGACAUAAAGAACAAGAACACCAUCAAGUGCUACCUGAAGAAUAGCAACAAAAUUUUCAACUGCUAUUACAUCGAAGACAACACGAACUUCCUGCUGUGUAUCCCCUCCAACAGUCACGUGAACCAGGCACUCAUCAUUUUCAGCUACCCACUAAUGCUUAUCGAUCUGUACAUAGAUAAAAACGACAACAAAAAAUUGAUAAUCCACAUUUACGGUUACAACAAUGAGGAUCCUAGCAACGUGGAGGAUUUUUCCACAGGGAAUUUUAACAAUUCGGAAAAAAUAUUUCACAACAACAAUUUGGAGAGUAAUUACAUGAACACUGUCAGAUGUUACAGCUCGAAUAAUGAAGAUGGCCUUUUGGAGGAGAGCCCCAAAGUGCACAAAAACGACUACAUCCUGAAUAAGUACAGCUCUGCCUACAAGAAGAACAGGACCAUAACUAAUAUGAAGAAGGAAUGGUGUCACAAGGAACUGAACUUCAUGAAGAACAUCCUUAAGCUGAACUUUUAUGACACCACGAGAUCUCUCAUUGUCUACAAGGAAGUCAAAUCAGGGAUACAACACAUAAACGAUAAGUAUAAGAAGAAGUUGGAGGAAUACCUCAACACCUUUUAA